UGUCAGUCGCAGAGAACUUCACCUUCAUGCAAAGCCACGAGUGUUGGCUUGCAUGGAGAGCCCUUGGGCGCGUGCCACUCCACGCGUCACUUCUCCUUUCUCUCCCUCUCUAAUAAGAACCCACUUAAACACCACCCUGAAGCCUCAUCACCUCCAAUCUCCACAACCAAAUUAACAUAGCAAUGGCGGAGCUGAUCAGAAGACAGGAGCAAGGAGGGCUGCUGAAGCAGCCGCAGCCGCAGCAGCAGCAGCAGCAGCCGGUGUCAUACCAAGUGGUGAAGGCAGUGACAGCAGCGACGGCUGGAGGAUCGAUGCUGUUGCUCUCUGGGCUGACGUUGGCUGGGACAGUGAUAGCUCUGGCGGUGGCGACGCCGCUGAUGGUGAUCUUUAGUCCGGUGCUUGUUCCGGCGGCGAUAGCUGUGUGUUUACUGGUGACGGGUUUCUUGGCUUCUGGAGGAUUUGGGGUGGCUGGCUUGUCGGUGUUGUCAUGGAUGUAUAGGUAUCUGACCGGGAAGCACCCGCCUGGAGCUGACCAGCUGGAUCAGGCUCGGCAGAAGCUGGCGGCGAAGGCGAGGGAGGUUAAGGACUCGGCUCAGUAUCGGCUUGAGCAGGCUCAGCAGGGGUGAUCUGAUCUUUAUUAAGAAGACCGUUUUCUUAAUUUCUAUAAUGUAUCGUCAUGUGUACUGCUGCUCUGUUUGUGAGAGUAGAGUGUGUGUGUGUUUGUGAUGCUGUCUAGUGUUUGGUUGCUUUGAGAUUAUGUACCUCUGUUCCUUUUCUUUAUGUGAAAUUGAGCAUCUUUUUCUUUGCUGUUAUGCAAAAUAA